AUGGAAAAGUACAAGGACAGUGACCACGGUGCGAAAGCUUUCAGAGAAGGGUACGAUGAACUCAGCAAGGAUAAUCGAGUCCUUCUGACUGAUAAGGUGGAACUACAGGCCAAUGUUGAUGAGCUGAAGGAGCGCGAGCGUAUCUCCAAAGAACAAAAGUCGAGCGCAGAGUCACGUCUUGUUGAUCAACCUUCGGUUACCAACCCAAAUGUCUCAUCCGCAGCAACGUUCGAUCGACAAGUCGCGGAGCUCGAGCAUCUCGGCGGCCUUGUCGUUAGCUGGCAGACCAGACUGGAACAUGCAACUGCUGAGAGGGAUGGCUCAAGGAACAGGAAGAAUGCGCUUGAGGGAAAAGUCCGAGAUGCCGAGCAACAAUUGAAGAAGCUGAAAACUGCUUCCCCGUCAAAGACUCAACGCGCAUCGAACACUAAGAGCAACCCCGAGAGCGCGCGUGAGGAGGAGCAAAACGUAUUAGGUGGCACGGGAAACGAUCGAGGGGUACUACAACCGUCCGUUAAGAUACCCGGAACGCUCUUCAAGAAGGCUCGUGUGGCAGCGGAAGCCCUUUCCUGCACUGAGCUCUCCAGCAGUACCCAAAGCUACUCCUUCGAACAUCUGGAGGAGCCUUCGCCUUGUUAAAAACCCGAAAGAAGACACCAAACGCACUCGGAAGAACUCUGGCUAAGCUCUGGAACCAAAGUUACAUGUGGCGAAAGAUUUUGAGGUCAGAAGUGGUGGAGAUUGGUGUGGGCGCACACUAUGCUUGGGCGGUUUAGCAACAUUCAUGACUCUCGAUAGUUGACUGUGGUCUAGGACCAAGGGAAUGAAGAGGACUCAACCAUCUUUCAGAGAUGUAUUGUCGUGCGCGUAUGCUGAGCUGCUGCUG